CACGUAAGCUCGAUCGAGUCUCACCAUGAUGCAUGUGAGAUCUACUGUUUUUCACACGUCAGACCAUGUCCGAUCGUCCGUCAAGCAUUUGACUUUGCACGUUCCCAGACCCGCCAAGUGAUUGCUUUAACUGCACAUGCUUACCACCACGCACAACACCACUACUUGGUUUCAUUCGUAUCGUCAAAGAUGCACAUUCACGACCGCACAUUCAUCGUAUCAGGCGGUGCUUCCGGGCUCGGGCUCGCCACUGUCCGAGAACUCCACACUCAUGGCGGUUACGUUGCCAUCCUCGACUUGAACGCCGAAGCAGGCAUGAAGAUAGCAAGAGAACUAGGCGAAAGAACCAUAUUCCUCGAAGCAGACAUGGCCAAAACCGACUCCAUAACCUCAGCCGUCAACACCAUAACAGACUGGACGAAAACAACCGGCAAACCCAUCGGCGGCGUCAUUCCAGCCGCAGGCAUAGGCAUCGGCGCUCCGCUUGUCUCCAAAGAUAACAGACCUGUCUCGAUGGAAAAGCUCGACUUUGUCCUCAACACUAAUCUUCGCGGCGUCCUGGAUCUCCUCCGCCAGAUCCUGCCCCACAUGACAACCAAUGUGCCCCUAGAACCGGACGGCGAGCGCGGCGUCCUCGUUCUUGUAAGUUCCAUUGCUGCCUUUGGUGGGGUACCCGGCCAAGCCAGCUACGUGGCCUCCAAGGGCGCAAUCAACAGUAUGGCGCUUGUGCUUUCAACGGAGCUUGCGCCCUUUGGAAUCAGAUGUGUGGCGAUUGCGCCUGGGCACUUUGACACGCCGUUGGGGCAAAAGUCUACAGCGCAGCUGAGUGAUAGUCGGAUGAGGAAAUUCGAGGCAACGUUUGUGUUUCCGCGUCGACGUGGGCGGGGAGAGGAAUUCGCUUCGUGCGUGCGGCAUUGUAUUGAGAAUUUGAUGCUUAAUGGCGAGACGAUUAGGUUGGAUGGAGCGGCGAGGAUCCCUUCUCGCUUGUGAGACUGGAUGUGCGCGGACGAGAUUGGAAUUGAUGUUGGUUGAGUGUGCUGUAUGAAUGACCGAC